GGGAUGACUGGAACAUUGUGUGUGACAGGUUGCCAUAAGGAAUGAUCAUGUUUCCAUCUAUUUUUCCUUGGAUGAGUGGGACUAUAUAAAAGGAAACAAGGACCUUUAUGAGGAAGGGAUAGGAGGGAAGGAGGAGCCCCAGCAGCCCUGCCCACUGGAUUGUGAAUUUGAAGAAAAGAGUCAGACAAAAUCUACUCCAGAAGCAAUGUUGUAUUGUAAUAAAUCCCCAAGCAAGUCUGAAGGAGCAGUUUUAUGCUCUGAUAGAAACCUCACGAACGCUGAAACUGACCAGCCUGCACCAGCAGAUGGCACUAAGGAAGAGACUGCUUCAUGGGAAGAGAGAAACCAAUCAGAUUGCAGCAUUAAUCCACUUACAGAACAGAUACAGGGAACAGAUACACACACUCCAAUCAUGGGAUGCAGCCUGAAUAACAGCCAGUCAGAAAUAAAUUGUGUGACAGAUAAUUAUAUAUCAAAUGCCAUAAAGGAGGAACCAGCUUCAUUUAAUGCAGAAAGCCAUUCAGAUUACAAUAUUAUUACACUGGUCGAUCAAAUUGAGGAAACAGAUCAAACUCCUCCUGUCCUAAGAUGUAGGCAUGCGUCUGAGAUACAGUCAGGUUUGUGUGAAGGAGCAAACGCUUUAAACUGCGGCAUUAAUAAACUUGUUGACCUGACAGAGAGAAAAAUUCUCCCUGCUCCUAUCAUGGGAUGCGGCAGUAUUUCCGAUAACUAUGUAUCAGAGGCCAUGAAAGAGGAGCCAAUAUCAUGGGUAGGUGGAACCCAUUUGGACUUCAACAUGAAUCCGCUUGUAGAACAGAUACAGUUGGAACAUUCCCGUACAUGUUUGGUGGGAUAUAGUGAACUGAAGGCCAGUGAUUAUGGUAACAUUAUGAAUAAUAAAUGUACAGAUUCUUUGCAGGAGUGCAGGAGCCACUUUAGUAACCAGAGUAGCCUUCUUAUGCAUCAGACAAUAUCUUGUGGAGGAGAAGAAUCUGUUUCUUGUUCUGAUAGUGGGAAAGGGUAUGAACAAGAUUCCGAUCUAAAUGAACACCUCGGGAUUCAUCCAGACAAACCAUUUUGUUGCCUUGAAUGCGGUAAAAGGUUUAAAUUAUGCACGCGACUUUUUACACACCAGAGAACUCACUUGGAAAAGAAACAGUUCACCUGCUCUGAAUGCGGGGACUGUUUCUCCCAGUCCACAGACCUCACCAAACAUCGUAGGACUCACGGAGGAAACAAAUCCUUUUCUUGUUCCGAAUGUGGCAAACGCUUUAGUUAUCUGUCAGCCCUCAACCGACAUUACAGGAGUCACACAGGGGAGAAACCGUUUACUUGCUCCGAGUGCGGGAAAUGUUUUACUCACCGUUCAGACCUUAAUAGACAUCACAGGAUUCACACGGGAGACAAACCAUUCACGUGCUCUGAGUGUGGGAAAUGCUUUAUACAAAGCUCAGACCUUAAGGUACAUCAACGAAUUCACACAGGAGACAAGCCAUUCACCUGCUAUAAGUGUGGGAAGUAUUUUGUACAGCGCUCCGACCUUCAUGUACAUCUCAAAACUCACAGAGGAGAGAAAUCAUUUCCUUGUUAUGAAUGUGGCAAAUGUUUCUCUUACCGCGCAGACCUUAAAGUUCAUCUCCAUAACCACAAUGGAAAGAAGCCACUCUCUGCUACAUAAAGGGAAUUUUAGACCAUUUACUGGACCAUGCAAUGGUCAGCUGGGAGGGAAAAAUCCUAUUAAAGGAGACAUAUCGGAUAAAUGAAAAAACCCUAAUUUUGUAGGCAAUUAAGAGUAAUAUAUGGUGUUGCUUUUACAUGGUGCUAAACAUUAAU